UCUGAUCCCUCCAAAUUUUUGUUGGGCUCAUCAAGUGCGUAUUGCCUUUAUGAGAGCUUAUUUAUCUGUUACAGUGUUCAAAACUUAGUACAUCUCUAGUCCGAGAGUCUCUCAAUCAUUCGUCAUCGUUGCCCCAAUGGAGCCACCACGUACAACUGUUGGCCGUGGCAAUCGCCAACCCGGAUUCUCGAAGAAGAGGAGGGCUACUGUUGCUUGCACAUUCUGUCAGUUCAGAAAGGUUCGCUGCAACGUCGAGGAAGGCGUGCCCUGCCUCAACUGUAGGCUGGACCAGGUAAAAUGUGAAGUCGCAAAGACCCAACGGACACAAAAGCGUCAACGAAUGUUAGAAAGCACCUCCAAGACCCCACGCAAUCGUCGAGAAUCUGCCCUUGAGACAACAGCGGUCGAAGAACCACAAGGUCAAGUAGCAGCAAUCACGCCGGACGAAAGCUCCGAGAUAUUCAAUCGAAAUUCGCCAGGACCGCCUGCUCAAUACUAUUCGGCAGAGAAUGCACGAGAAGAUUGCUCUAGGGAAGGUAGUGUCCUCGAGGUCAUUUUAGACGAACACCAGGGCUGCACUCAGAGAGAUCCACCAUCACCGACAUGGGAGCAAGGGGCCAUAGACUUUCGCACAGAUCUUCCACCAAGCCCCAUGUCAAGUGAAGGUAGAUAUAAGGCUAACUCUAACUUGUGGUCCGGUGAAUCAUUACCUUCUUACAUAAAGCCGCUACCUCCGCACUUAGAUCAUGAAGAUAUACGCUAUCUUACCGAGAAGGGUGCUUUGUCUAUACCGUCUCCUGCACUCUUUAAUUCCAUCCUUGAGGGCUACGUCCAAUACAUCCAUCCGUUCAUGCCGGUCUUGGACUUGCCAAAGUUCUUGGGUGUAACGCGAGGUACGAACGCCCUAGGUGGCAAAAUAAGCUUACUGCUGUUUCAAGCUGUCAUGUUUGCCGGAAGUGCCUAUGUUGGUAUUAAGCCUUUGAGAAUGAUGGGCUUUCUUACCAGGAAAGCCGCACGUAAAGCCCUAUUUAAGAGAGUUAGGUUACUUUACGAUCAAGACUACGAACAGGAUCGGAUAUGUCUGAUUCAGUCUCUUUUGCUAAUGUCCUUAUGGUACGAAACCCCAGAUGAUCAGAAAGAUGCUUGGCAUUGGAUUGGCCGGGCGCAUUCCCUGGCGCUUACCGUAGGAUUGAACCAACGCAAGGCCAGGCAGAAUUCAGAUCCUGGGUUGCAGAAGUUGCGAAGACGUAUAUGGUGGUCGCUGUACAACCGGGACGCCAUUGUUUCUUUGGGACUAAAGAGACCAAUGAUAGUAUCCCCUAAGGAACACGAUAUAUCUAUCUUGAUGAUCGAAGAUUUUGAUAUCGAACUGGUAUCUUUGGAAUACCACGACAUUCCUCUAGAAGCGAUGCAAAAUUUUCAGCCAGAAAAACAACGUCAACUCGCUAUUUUGUUCAUCGAGAUGACGAAGGUUUGUAAGCAUCUCAGAGAUAUUUUAAGUACGGAAUACGCCAUGACAGAUAAGAGCAGUCUAACCUCAGGGGGGAAAUCGACUACAAUGGUAUUACUGCCCCGCGUUGGCAAGGUAGAUCAACAUAGGCUCAGAGCUUAUGAUCACGAUCUACAAUUGUGGCGAGAACGUCUCCCAAAGGAAGCAUUGUAUAAUCCGUACAAUCCUGAGUCGUCCGACUUUCCUGACUCCUCCCUUCAGCUUCACCGUGCACUACUGCACAUGGUUUACUGUGCUACACUGAUCACGCUUUUUAUGCCGAAAAGCCGCUCUACAAGUGUCCUCUGGAACACCUCCAAUCAAGACAAUGCCGGAAGCAAUCCGCGCACCAUCGUACGUUCCGCAGCUAAUGAGAUCACUAGAAUCGCUCUAGACCUCCAUCAACUUGACCUUUUUCGUCUUCUUCCGCAGACAGGAUUCAGUGCCCUCGUACCGGCAAUGAUAAGUCACAUCUCUGACACUCGGUCAGACGACGAGCAGAUCCGCCAAAAUGGCCUCCAGAGCUUUAAUCAGUGCUGGCAGAUGAUGCGGGAGCUGCAGGACAGUUACUACUCGGCGCAUUUCGCAACUAAAUUCAUCGAGGUCGUGGCUAGAUGGACAACACCCCGAAAUUCCCGAGAUGAUUCAAAGAGACAAGAGGUAUACAACAGAAGUUCAAUACCUGACGUUACAUACAGUACAACAGACAGUCUUUUUCAGGCCCCGAUGAUCAGUCCUGAAGGCCCACAAUAUUCUACCUCCCCUCUGGUUGGAAAUACCCCAUGGCUGUUUGGGGUGGACGACGAAUUCACUUCGUGGGCCUUGAAUGGGUUUACUGGAGCUACAACAUAUGAGACUGUAUCACAACAAAAUGAAAGCCCCUCAACGGGGAGAACUGAGUUGCAAUUACUGUUGGACGAACUCUAA